AUGACCUGCAGCUUUAAUUCAAGCGGAACCUUAAAGUGUCUCCAGGAGAGGAACCCCAGUGUGGACCAAGAGGACCCAGAUCCUCCACAGAUUAAAGAGGAACAGGAGGAACUCUGCAGCAGUCAGGAGGGAGAGCAGCUUGAACCGAAGCAGGAGGCCGACACCUUUACGUUGACUCCGACUUGUGAGGAAACUGAUCACAGUGAUGAUGAGACUCCGUUUUUGAAUCCUGACAAAAGUAAGAGUGAAUCAGAGGCAGAUCCUCCAGCUAGCACGUGUACCAGCUCGUUAGAUGAAGAAAUGGACUGUGAGCGUUUUGUGGGACCAGAACCAAACAUCUCUCAUGAAUCUGAUAGCAAAGAUCAGAAAGGAGUAAAACGUAGUUUAACAUCAACCAAGGAGCCACAACAGCAGAUUCUGGCUCCUCCAGGUGAGAAGACAUUUUUGUGCAAAACAUGUGGAAAAUAUUUCCAACAAAACAAAACUUUGUUGGCCCAUGUGAAAAGAUUCCACAGUGUUGAUCAACCAUAUUCUUGCAUAACCUGUGGCAAAACAUUCACCCAUGCAUCAAGUUUGAAGUAUCACACAAGAAUCCAUACUGGGGAGAAACCAUAUUCUUGCAUCACCUGUGGCAAAACAUUCACUCGGCAAGAACAUUUGAAGAAUCACACAAGAAUUCAUACUGGGGAGAAGCCAUAUUCCUGCAUCACCUGUGGCAAAACAUUCACUCAUGCAUCAAGUUUGAAGAAUCACACAAGAAUCCAUACUGGGGAGAAACCAUAUUCCUACAUCACCUGUGGGAAAACAUUCACUCGGCCAGAAUGUUUGAAGUAUCACACAAGAAUCCAUACUGGGGAGAAGCCAUAUUCUUGCAUCACCUGUGGCAAAACAUUCACUCGGCCACAAGAUUUGAAGACUCACACAAGAAUCCAUACUGGGGAGAAGCCUAAUCCUGUAUAAUAUGUGAAAGAUGUUUGUAAUGGUAAAAUAUGUUAUAAAAUAAUCUUAUGCUUAAAGAGUGAUUAUUGUCUGUGUUGAAGCAAUGUGAGAAGAAAAGGGAAAUCCAAAAGUUGUCUUUUGAAGCUGUGUGAAGGAGGACAGUCAAACCGGCCUUCACCCGAAUGCUCGAACAAAGGAGCUUGGUUACUUCCAUCUUUGCCUUGAAUCCUUUCCUGCUUGAUUUAUAACUUUUCAUCUCUGUUAUCUCACAGGUGGUUUAGAGUUUUAGGUUUCUGUUUCUCUUGUGGCCGCCUACCACUAGAAAUGACCUUCAUGUGUGUGUAUAAGAACUCAGGGUUUUCUCUCCACAGAGCAC